AUGGUAUGGCGGGUGAUGGUCUUGGAUGGAGCUGCUCGUCCUUGUAUUGUCUUCAUCUUUAGCCUUUCUCCUCUCCUCAAAAGUGGAACACCUGAAACGAAUUGCUUUUUGCAUAGAUGGACGGUCAGCGGCUUCAUCCUUCUAGGUGUCACUGUAGCGACAGUCCUUACGGGUCUUCUGCUCAAAUUCACUCUGGUUAGAGGAGCUGGGCGCCUCCACCAUAAAAUGCUCACUUACCUCACAAGUCUGCCUGUCAUACAUUUUGAAUCAACACCUCCAUGCACGAUAUUAAACACUUUUUCUGCCGAUAGCAGAAUUGUUGAUCAGAUCUUACCAACGACCCUUGAACUGCUGCUAAGUGUAUUUAUCAAUUUCUGUUCCUAUCUAUCUAUCUAUCUAUCUAUCUGUAUUCAACUACACCGUCUACAGAACCUAUCCAAGCUGCCACUGUUCAACCAUUUCUCCGAGAUCCUGAGUGGUUUGAGAACAAUUCGUGCCUACAGGGUCCAAUAUUGGUUUACUGGUUACGUGACGCAUGCAAUUGAUGUCUUUAAUGUCGUCUUUAUAUACAUCUAUGCUAUGAAUCGCUGGUUAGCUGUCCGCCUUGACAUUCUUGGCUGCCUUAUAAUGUUCACAGCAUCUCUUGGCAGUCUCGCCUUGUCUGUGAAUAACGGUGGAAAUGGCACCCUGGUUGGACUCUGUCUGCUUUACGUCAUCAUGGCUCCAAUUUAUCUUAACAUGAUUGCCCGUCACAUGUCUGAACUUGACAACAACGUCUGCUCUCUGGAAAGGGUGAUUGAAUAUGCUUCUGAGACUCCACCCUCAAUUGACCCCCCAGACUGCAUCGAUAUUCAUGAAACCUGGCCUGACAUGGGCGAUAUUCAAUUUCGGCAUAUUGCACUCAAUUAUGACCCUGAACAAAGUCCCGUGGUUGCCUUUUGUGGCCAUGCUGGCAGUGGCAGAUCGUCUCUCAUCCUUUCCCUCUUCAAAAUGAUUCAUGUCCAUGAAGGCAAGAUUUUUAUUAACAACCAGGACAUUUCAGUGGUGCCAUCAUACAUUCUCAGAUCCAGGCUGUCUAUCAUACCACACGAUCCCAUCAUGUUCGAUGGAACUGUCAGGUUCAACCUUGACCCUGAGGGAAAAUACAGAGACCCAGAAAUUUGGGAAGCUCUAAAUGCAGUACAGCUGAAGCGGACAGUUCAAGAAUUACCACAUAAAUUAGAAACUGCUGUUCUUUAUGAGGGAAAAGAAUUUAGUGUCGGACAGAGACAACUCUUCUGUUUUGCCCGUGCCUACAUGCGGGACAGUAAAAUUGUGAUUGUGGAACAGGAACAUACAAACGAUGAUGCUUUGAUGGAAGAGACAAUCCAGGAAUUGAUACAAACUGUCUUCCGAGACUCCACAGUCCUCGUCACUUUGCACCAUUUAACCCACCUGCAUAAUUACCAUCGCGUCAUGGUUUUAGAUCAAGGGAAAAUUAUCGAAUUUGACACGGCUGAACAUCUUUUGGCUAAUGAGAACAGCAUGCUAUCCGCUCUUGUCAGGGAAGGUCAACAAAGACGAUCAAAUAAAGUGCUCAUCACUGUCUCUUGA